AUGACUUCACCAUUAAAAAUCACCUUAAAACUGUCAGGUCCAAGACCACCCACAGGAAUAUCACAAUCUCCAACACAUGUAUCACCCAAAACCACAAAAGUGCCAGAUAGUAUCACAGUAGAAAGUCCUCGUAAAAGGGCAAAGCCUAAUGGUCGUAGCAGAAAGCCUAAAGUCGAAGGAGCACCUGUUCUUGACAGUCAAAUAGCUGUAGACGAUGAUGGUAAUGUUGCUGAAGAAGUUUCAAACCAGCAACAUAGACGAGGAGGUGGGAAUGGAAGUGGUGGGAAUGGAGCAGGAAAUGGUGGCGGAAACCAGACUAGUAAUAUGGGGGCAGGCAGUGCGUCAAUAUCUCGAAAGGAGCUUUUAAAAUACAAGGAUAUUAAAGUUCGAAAGUGGGUCAGUAAGCCACUUGUAUUCUAUACUUUGGAUGGAUCUGAAAUCCAAUUACCAAGCUGGCAAUCAGAUGAAAAAAUGACCAUCAAUAAGCGUACAACUGAACCGAUGACUGUAGCAGAGAUAGAUCAGCUCUUUUCUUCUACCUCCGGCGAAAAAGAUUUCCGUCCUUUUCUUUGUACUCAACCUGGCUGUUCGAAAUCAUUUACAACAUUUGAUCAGCUUCAAACUCACGAGACUAACAUGCAUGGCACAAAGAAAUUGGUGUGUGGUAUCGAUAGCUGCCACAAGAGUUUUGUUACUACUGGACAAUUAACUAAGCAUCGUAAAAUGGUUCACUUUAGAGCUGCUAGAAAAGCUAAAUUGGCAGCGGCUGCUGCAGCUGCAGCUGCUACAGAAAACGGUGAUGAUUCAAAGAAGGAUCUUGAUGAUGAAACAGGCGGUCUUGGUGGUGACAAUGACAGUGUCGACAUUGCGAAUUUAUAA